AUGGCGCAUCAUCGUCGUUACAAGAAAUCUGCUGGUAAUUACAUCACUUUAGCCCCUUCCUACGAGCUCGUCCUCUCUAAGAAUGAACCAUCCCAAAUCGACUCCACCUUGGCAGUAACGGUAGAAGAAGGUCAAUCAUUAAAUCUGAAGUGCACUGCAGGUGAAGGAAUAGACGAAAGAACGUUGCGUUUCGAAAAAGAGUUAGAAGAAGUUAAAGGCAGACGUUCACCAAGAAGUGUGAGCCAAGAGAUUUUCAAUUUUGAAGAUGCCGCUCACAGCGGUCUUUAUGAAUGCUUCGCAAGGACAAGCAAUGGGGAGGAAUAUUCGAGAAAGAUGAGAGUCUCUACUAAGGUGCGCUCAGCUGAUUUUAGAGGAUGAGA